CAGGAGAAAGGUGCUGGGGGCAAGAAGGGCUCGGGUACAACAAGAACUGGUCGUACAUUUUUUGACUCGAGCUCUUUCGUUCUGCCAGGGACAUCUUCAGGACAUCAAGAGCAAGAUGUCGACUUCUCUAGCCUAUUCGACAGGAGCGCAGUUGCUGAACGUAGCCGGGUUGUGUCAAAGCUGUUGGCGGGGCUUGGAUUCGAAACACCAGAGGAGAAGCUACGGAAUAGUGCUAAAGUAGACACUAGUACAGGAGCUUCUGGUGGAGUUGUUGGGCCUGGUUCUAACAAGAGGCAACUUUUACAGAUCGGUGGACGAAAACCCAUGGGUGCUGGAACGAGUACGAAGGCUUCAGAAGCGCAAGCAGGACAACACCCUCAAUCCCAACAACAUCAACCUCUCCUAAAAAGACCAGAUGCGCGUCUACGAUCUUACUAUGAUGACGAAAGCUCCUCUAGCUCGUCUGACGAAGAGGUUGUUAGGCGCAGCGAUAAGAAUGCCAAAAGGACAACAGAAGAGGAGCAACGAGGACCAAACAAGCGACGUAAAGUUGGUCCUGCACCUCCUGCUGGAGGCUCCAGCACGGGAACGACGGGAAAAGAUCAAGAGAACGACGGGAAAAGACAAGCCCCGGAGGUGGAUCAUGCCACAACAUCUUCAUCUACAAGUAUGAGUAAAGCAGCCGGAUCAACAAGUUGUACAACUACCAGUAAUAUGACCUUUAUUGGUCCCGCACGACCUCCUUCGAAGAUGCCUAAGAAAGCGGAACUCCAAUCUCUAGCAAGUGAAGCAAGGAGGAAAAAAGCCGUGUCGCAGUUUACUCCGACUGAUGAGUCUAUCCUACAACCUUUCUUGAUUCCGAAAACCGAUGUCAAGGGACUGGGCUUCACAGGUGAGCUCGAUCGCAUUGUCGGCGAAGAGAACGAUGAGGAGACGCGCGAAAGCGCGAAUAGGUUCUUACGGUUGAAAGCCGGAUCGGGUGGAUCCGGAGCAGGUGGCUCAACAGGAGCAUUAGCAUUAACAAAAGUUGGAGGAGAUGGUCUAGAAGGAGAUGCGGGAUGGGGAUCAUCAAAUCCAAGGUUAGCUCAAAUCAUGAGUGGGAUUUUUGGCGGUGGAUUGGAUCCUGGUUCAUCAGUUGUAGGAGGAAGUCACAAGACAAACGGCAACAGACUCGCGAUCAUCACAGCUGAAGAAACUGGUGCGGACAGUGGUACGCAUGCUUGGUCACUUGAUAAAAGAGGAGGUGGAGGCGCCGGGAAGAAGGGGAAACAAGCUGGAAAAGAUGGAAAAAGAGGUGGAGAUCAUAAGGGGAAUAAGAAAGGCAGCACAAAAGCAGCAGGCCCCUCAUCCGGUCCCGGGACGUCGUUUCUACAGAACUCCAUGAUGCAUCAAGACGACGUUGAUGACGACCUGUAUGCGGAUGAUAUGGGCAAAUACGAUCUGCAGAUCGAUCUCCGCGACGCUAGAACCGCUAGGAAAGAAGUGAGACCAAAGACCAACCAAGAUCAUUUGACUGAUGUUGGGACAAGUAGGUCUUGUUCUAGAAACAAUGCGAAUCUUCAACAGGAGAUUGAAGAUGAAAAACUACGAGGUGAUAAAAAACGCAGACGUGAUGGAGCGAAAACAGAGACCUCUUCGUCAACUGGCGCAGAGAAGAAGUUGUUUGUGGAUGGCGGUUUGCUCGAGUUUUUCACCGACGUGGAGAAACUGAGGGAAAAAUUCAAACUUGCGCCUGAAGUACCCGCUAGAGAACUGCGCAACUACGACGCUAAAAAGACGCGUCAUUGGUUCUUAACCAAUGUGUUUCGCGAGCAUCCUUUAGUGACCCAGCUACGUGCGUUUCGAGGUGCCGGACACGCGAUUGAUGGCAUAGCUCAACGCGAAAAAGUCUACCUGAACAAGGAUGAGGACAAAAGCAAAGUGUUGGCGCCAUUGGUUGGGAAAACAGCUGAGGAACUGGAGGAGGAGAAAGCUGCUAGGGAAAGAGAAGCUGCUGUCGCAAAGGCAAAGGCAAGCUCGGAAUCUUCAUCUGUAGGUGGAUGGCAACCUCCCAAAAUGCCUUCGAAUUUGCAGGGACAAGUAAAUCUAGACCCUGAAGUAGAGGCAAUGCGACAACCUCCCCUGAAGAUGCAGCAACCUCCAGCUCCUCUAGGGGGUCUAGGAGGCAACAACUACGACCAAGAAGCCACACUAGCAAGGAUGAGGGCCAUGUUCGGGAAGAAUCCGGAUACCCAGACAGCGCAAUUUCGCACUGGCAGCGUCACUGGACAGGUUGUAGAUAAUAGCAUGGCAGGUUUGAGAGAGGGCACUUCAUCUGCCGGUUCUGGCGAAGAUGGUGGUCAAGUGGCUCUGCAAGAUGGUUCUUCUCAACAAGGUCGUACUACUGCGUUGGCGAAAUUUGAUGCCUCAGGCGCCAGUGGAGAUCCACCUGAAAGCGCAUCGUCCUACGAGCAACUCUCCCCAGCGCAAAUAGAGGAGAUUAAGCGGAAGCAAAGUUUUACGCGCUUCUGUAGCAUUAUGGAAGGGCGGAUCACGCUGGAGAAGGAGUCGACGAUGGAGCAGGAGUACUCAGAAGAAGAAAUCCGGAUGUUCACGGAGUGCUGGCAGAGGGGUACUGGGACAAAAGAACGUCGAUUUUGCUACAACUUUAAACCGGAGAAGAUCUUGUUAGAGCGACUUAGCGUGCUGGAUCCUUGGAGGACGUUGAGGUUCUACGACAAUAAGCCUGCGACGGAAAGAGGAGGCGGAACGUCGAUUUUCGGAACGACACCCGGAAAUUCCUCUAGUACAGGAAAAGGAGGUGGACGGGCGGGGGGAAAUAAGAACAAUAACAAAGGCAGUGGAGGAGGAGCUGGAGGAGGUAGUCGACAAAUAGCGGGCACUGGAGGUCAUGAUCUCCAGCAACCCAAUCUUUUUUUCCAAGGAGCAGGACAAAAUCAGCUUCAAAAUGGAGCAUUCUUUCCUCCCGCAGCACCUCCCUUGCUAGGCGCCUUAGGUAUGGACUCAAACGCCGCGCAAAUGGCAUUCCUGAGUGCUUUUCAAAUGGCACCUGCACCCAUGGAUAUCCUCUCGCAAGUUUUCCUUCCCCCACAAGGAUUUGAUCAUCGUGAAUAAACACUCGUGACCUUGAACAUAAUAUUAUUCAUUUGGAUGGAGGAUCGUGACCACGUUAAAUGAUCUUUGCGCUUGGUGGUCGCUAU